GCGAGCAGUGGCCGGUACGCCUAAUACCCCUGCUCUCCGGUGAGGCCCAGGUGGCCGCGCAACAACUUCCGGUGGCGAACCUCCUGGUCUUCGACGACCUCAAGAGGGCCAUUAUCCAGCGGGUCGGCCGGUCGCCAGAGCAACAUCGCCAGCGCUUCCGGUCCCUGGAUUUGGGCGAGGCCGGCCGGCCCUUCGCGAUGGCCCAACAGCUCCGGGACUCCUGCCGCAAGUGGCUACUGGCCGAGGGAAGUGACGUGGAGCAUGUCGUCGACCUGGUGGUGCUGGAGCAGUUCAUCGCUCGGCUUCCCAAGAAGACGGCCGAGUGGGUCCAGUGCCACCGCCCCACGUCGCUGGACUCGGCCAUCCAUCUGGCGGAGGACCACAUGGUGGCGUGCCCAGGGGUCGGCGCACCCCCACCUGCUAACUCUCUCUCUCCUUCUCUCUCUCCCCCCUCUCUCUCUCGCCCUGUCCCUCUCCCUAGGUCCCGUCCACCCGGCCCUCCUCGUGUCCCGCCCCGGGGGCGGGGCGGGAUCGACCAUGGACACUUUGGGAGCCCAAGGGCCCCGCCCAGGGGGGCAGGGAUUGUGCCUGCUGGGGGGGACAGUGCUUCCGUUUCUCCACUCUCUCCGCGCCAAUUCUCCAAUCCACUCCCUGCCACUGGGGCGGCGGGUAGGUCUGGGCUGGCCUGUUGGCGUUGCGGGGACCCGGAGCAUUUCGUGGACAGGUGUCCAGCGAUGGAGGUGGGGACGAUGAUCCGGGUCCCGGAUGUCCCACAGGUCACCCCCGGUCAGGCUGGCGAGUACCAAAUACCUUAAUUGGCGUGGAGAGAGUAUAAAACGCCGGGAGAAACGGAUGCAAGCGAGAGAGAGACGGACUGCUGACCCGAACCGGAGACGGAAAACCGGAAGGAGUGAACCGGAAGUUUGACAGAGCGUGUCAGAAUAAGAGUCACCGUUUGGGUGUUUGUGAUUUUCUUUGUUCUUUGUUUAGUUUUGGUUAAAUAAAUACGUCAGCAGUCCAGCCGACCCCUUUGUCCUCUUCCUUGCCACACGAACUUACUACA